GUGAGGUGCAGGCUGACAGGACACGAGCUGCCCUGCCGCCUGUCGGAGCUGCAGGCUUACACCAGCGGUAAGAAGUACCAGCGGCUCAUAAAGGCAGCCAGGGAGUUCGACUAUGGCACGUUUGAGCCCCACAUAGUGCCCAGCACGAAGAAUUUACACCAGCUGUUCUGCAAGCUCACCCUCAGACACAUCAACAAGCUUCCAGAGCAUGUCCUGCGUCAUGUCCAAGGGAAGCGCUACCAGAAGGCCCUGAAAACGUAUGAGGAAUGCCAGAGGGAAGGAGUGGAGUACGUCCCUGCCUGCCUGAGACAGAAGAAGCAGCGGGCACAGCACCCUGAUGACCAAACAAAUGGGAGCAGGCAGGGUCACAGGAAAGAGGAGUUCUGGGAGCCAAAAUCCAGCGAGGAGGAUGGAGAAGACACAGACGACAGCAUGAGUGACCUGUACCCACCUGCACUCUUCACAGAAAAAAACCCAGCAGCUGCAGAGAGCACAAAGGGCAGCGAUGACUUUGUGACAGACAGCGAGGACGAUGGCACCAAGCAGAACGGAGAGCACGGGGCAAGGAGGGACAGCAGCAGAGCAGCUGGCAAGAGAGGAAAGAAACAGACAGGCCCUUUAAAGAAGAAAUUCAAGAGCCAUCACCGAAAACCCAAAAACUUCAAGAAGGCAACCAAUGGGAAAUAAAUUUUAUGAUAAAUACUUGG